UGCUAAUAAAGCUGGUUUUUUUUGCGGGGGAUAAUGUUUUGAUGCUCAAGGGGAGCACCAUUGUAAUGAGUAUAAGAUUUAGGGUAGGAUUAUUGGGAAUUUGGGGGAGAAUUAUACAAAUUGAAAGAAGAUUAACCAGGAGAAGAGAGUUCAACUAUCCUCUAAUUCACUUCCUAGUUCCUAUUAUCCUAUUUAUACUAAUUCCUUCAGUAACUAAUUCCAUUGCUAUAAAUUGGUACUACUUUGGGCUAUUUAGGGCCAUAGUUGUUACAUAGGAAUUAGAUUUUGAAACGCUGAAAAAGAUUAAGCAUGUGAUUGUACUUUGAUGGCUUACCCUUUUCCUUAACCAUGCCUAAGUUUACACAUGGUAUAUACAUAUAGCCUGGCAAUUUGUUGUUCUCUUAACCUACUUAUAUUGGAUGAUAAUUUGUUGCUUGAAGUUAAAGUGUAUUGUGAUAUACCUUUGAUAAAAGAAGUUUGUGUCUCCGGUAUUGGCUGCAUCGUUGUCCAUUUUAACUAUUAUUUAUGAUGCCUGUGAAAUGGGGGAUUAGCUAUUCAUCUUGAACGUGAUUAGGAAAUAUCAGCUUUCGCCAACCUUUUUUAAGUCUCAUACAUUUACAUUCUGUGGUGGAUAGUGACAACAUGGUGGGGAUACACAUAAUAUAGGAUCACAUGGUCCUCUGCAUUAAUUCCAGUGGAGCAUAUGGAUGAUAGUAAAGAAUCAUUAACUGAUGCCAAUGAAGCAGAAGCCACUACUUCAACACUCAUUGCUGGUCUUCCAGAUGACAUAUCUCUUUGCUGCUUGGCACGAAUUCCUAGAAAACAUCAUUCAGUCCUGAAGUGUGUCUCAAAGAGAUGGAGGGACUUGGUUUGCAGUGAAGAGUGGUAUCAAUAUCGCCGAAAGCACAAACUUGAUGAGACCUGGAUCUAUGCUUUGUGCAGGGGUGAAUUAGAAGAUCAGAUUUGCUGCUAUGUUUUGGAUCCAAACUCAUCAAGAAGAUCUUGGAAGCUUAUUCCGGGGCUUCCACCUCGCAUGUUGAAGAGAAAAGGCAUGGGAUUUGAAGCUUUAGGAAAUAAACUAUUCUUAUUUGGAGGUUGUGGGUGGUCUGAAGAUGCUACUGAUGAGGCCUAUUCUUAUGAUGCUUCCACAAACACUUGGGUUGAAGCUGCUUCCUUGUCAACUGCUAGGUGCUACUUUGCUUCUGAAGUUUUAGGUGAGAAGUUAUAUGCCAUUGGAGGAAUAGGUUCAAAUUCAAGUGAUCCUCAUUCUUGGGAUACUUUUGACCCUUGCACAAAUACUUGGAUAUCUCAUAGAGAUCCCAAUAUUGUUCCCGAAAUAGAAGAUUCUGUAGUGAUGGAUGGGAAGAUAUACAUCCGGUGCGGCAAAUCUCCAGUAACUCACCGCGUGUAUGGCGUUGUAUAUGAUCCGUCGAAUGGCACAUGGCAGCAUGCUGAUACUGAGCUGGUAUCAGGAUGGAGCGGUCCUGCAGUUGUUGUUGAUGGAGUCCUUUAUGUUUUGGAUGAGAGUUCGGGAACGCGGUUAAUGAUGUGGCAUAAGGAGAGGCAGGAAUGGUUGCCCGUUGGAAGAUUUUCGCCGCUGCUUACAAGGCCUCCAUGCCGGGUUGUUGCAGUUGGUAAGACCAUUUUCGUUGUUGGCAGAGGACUUAGCACUGUGGUUAUUGAUGUUGGUGAUUUGGGAAAUAUUGGAAAGAGGGUUAUGAUUGGUUCUUCCAUUCCCAAAUUAAUGUCUGCUUCCAAUGUAAUUAGCUGUAAAUGCUUGGCAAUAUGAAGAAAGAAUGAAACUCUUUUCAGCAGUUAAUCAUUGUUAGUGAAGUUAAAGUAAAGCACAUGUAUUAAUGGUGCAUAAUUCUGAAUGUAUGUGUUUGUAUUCAAGGGUGUUACUUUGUUGAACAACAUUGCAUGUUGUAACAAAAAAGAUGUAUGUAUUAUAGAAUAUGCUUU